AUGCUUUCCGAACCUCAUGAAUCCGAUCCCUCAGAGGCAUCCCCACUCCUGGGCCAGCCGUCGCUGUCCUCUCUUUCCAGAAAGUCCUCGCAGACGACAAUCCCCGACGCUCCUCCCGAUGGCGAGGACACGCGGAUUUCCGUCUCGCGCGGAACGACCAUCGUCGCUUCACUUGGCUUGAUCAUGUUUUUGCAAGGCAUGUCUACCUCAUGCAACUUUUCGCUCUUGACCACCACUCAAUCUGCCAUAGCAGCCGACCUUGAUGCCUUCGAAGAGGUCACUUGGUUUACCUCGGCUUACUUGGUGCCCAUGUCAAGCAUCACGCCGCUUGCAGGACGCCUCAGUCAAAUAUUCUCGCCACGCGCCUGUGUCUUUGUCGCCAGUCUGUUCUUCUCUCUGGGCGGAAUAGUCACGGCUUUUUCACCAACUGUUGAAUGGUUUCUCUUUGGGCGUGCCUUGACUGGUCUAGGCGGCGCCGGCAUUCUCUCGCUCACCAUCAUCAUCGUACUGCAAGUCGGUGGGGAGAAAAAACGCGGGCUGUUUCUCGGUUGCGUUAACUCAAUCAUAACGUCCGGUGUAUCGCUCGGUGCCGUGCUAGGCGGGGCGAUUGAGCCGAAUCUUGGUUGGAGAGCCGUCUUCUGGAUGCAAACUCCCCCAAGCAUUCUGGCCGGCAUAGUCGUAUUUCUUAGUAUACCAUCGCAUCUUGGCGCUGGCAAGGGGGAUAACCGGACGCUGAAGGAAAGGCUCUCCCAAAUAGACUAUGCCGGAGCCGUCCUACUGACUGCCGCCAUCACCACCCUGCUCAUCUCGCUAUCCGGGCCCAAGGUUCUCAUCCUUCCGCUCAUUCUCUCCCUCGUCCUCUUUCCCACCUUCAUCAUCACCGAGAUCUACUUCGCCCGCGACCCCAUCAUCCCCAUCACGCUCCUCAAAUCCCGCGGCACAGCUCUCACUUGCCUCGCCACCCUCGGCUUCAUGAUGGCACGCUGGUCCGUCCUCUUCUACACACCCGUCUACGCCCUGGGCGUACGUCUCUGGGCCCCAGCAGCCGCCGGCUCCAUCCUCAUCCCCACCAACCUCGGCUUCGCCACCGGCGGCGUGCUCGCCGGCCUCCUGCACAUCCGCCGCGCCGGCUCCUUCUACGCCCCCAGCCUCAUCACCAUGGCCAUCUUCCCGCUCACCCUCCUCGCCCUCGGCCUGGCGAGCCGCGCCGCCACCCCCGCCGCGCUCUACGUCGUCCUCACCUUCCUCAACGGCCUCACCACCGGCGCCGCCGUCAACUACGCCCUCGUCCACGCCCUGCACCUCACCCCCAAGCACACCCACUUCGUCCUCACCUCGCUCGUCGCCACCUUCCGCGGCUUCGCCGGCUCCUUCGGCUCCGCCAUCGGCGGCGGCGUCUUCGCCCGCCUCCUCGCCAACGCCCUCGCCCGCGGCUUCGCCCGCCGCGGCUUGCCCCCCCGCUCCAAGGACGAGCUCAUCCGCCGCCUGCUCGGCAGCCCCGCCCUCGUCGCCCGCCUGCAGGGCGUGGACCGCGCCGUCGCCGUCGAGGGGUACGAGCGCGCGCUGAGGGGCUUGUUCCUCGCCGCCGUCGCGCUGGCCGUCGUGACGGUCGCCGUGCAGGCGGGGACGGGCUGGCGCGGGUACGACGACGAGGGUCGGGAGGUGACGGGCCGCGAGGUGGAGAGCGAAGAGGAGAGGAGGAGGAGGGAGAGGGAAGACGAGGAGGUUGGCGAGGCGGCUGCAGUGUAG